AUGUGCAGGGACUGCAUCAUCGCUCAAUUCGAAGAGGACUUCGAGCGACCGGAUGAGGAGGCCGAGACCGGAUUCGGUGUCAGAUGGGGUCUACGACGACUGCGGAUCGGUGACUUCCGCGAACUCUUCGACAUCGACUUCAUCGCCAAAUACGAGCAACGGUUUCUCGAGUUCACAACUCCCCGCGAGCAGAGAGUGUACUGUCCAUGUCUUUUGCAGCCGAUACCCGGGUAUGAUGUUCGAUAUUGUACCGCCUUUGUCGCAGCGGCAUCGGAUACCGAAGAACUUGUGACCUGUCCACAAUGUGACGGUACGGUAUGUACGCUCUGUCAACGACCAUCUGACCGCGACGCCCACGAGUGUACUGGAGCGCCCGAAGUAACGGCAGGGGAAGAGAUGGAUGUGUCGGAAAUGCGGCGAGGAAAAGACUACCAACGUUGUCCAGGUUGCAGGAAACCAUACGAGCUCCGCGAAGCGUGCAACUUUGUACGCUGUGCUCUUUCCUCAUGUGAGAAAGGCUUCUGCUAUCUGUGCGGAACAGAGACCGCGCAUGAAUCCAACCAUUGGGACGAUGGCAGGCCUUGUACCAGAUGGAAACAUCCGGAUGAUGUAGACAACGACGACUCCAUUGGGCAGGUCCCUCGCGAGAAUUCUUACACUGAGGUCGGCAUGGAUGUUUUGCUAGGCAAGCUGGAU